AAAAAAUUUCCGUCUGAAAACAUGGAGCUAACCCUAACUUACACCCUAGUCUCUCGAGCUUCAUUCACCCUCCACACAAGUGAAGAACUUCUUCCUCUCUCCGUCUACGCUCUCUCACCGUCCACGAGCUUCUUUAACCGCUGCCGCCGCCGCUCGCGUCGCACAAUCUCAUCACUGACCUCAGCAACGGCCAUUCGCUGGUUAUCCUCAUCCACCGGUUCAGGAAUCACUGCACUCAUCCUUCAGGGAAGAUCUCUGCCCUGAUGGUCACGGAGGUAGUCGCGUCGUCGUCGUUCUCACCGCUCUGGGCCCAUCCGCCUCCUUCAUGCACGGUGUCAUCUCCCUCCAACUUUGCCGACGGCGAUUCAACCCCUCCGCUGCUACUCUGCUGCCCUGGAUGGCAACUUCCUCCUCAGAUCGGCCCGAGCCGUUUCCUCCAAAUGCGCCAAAUGUAGAUCCAGGUGUUCUUCUCUUUUGUGUUCUGGAAUGAGAGGUAAUUUUGAUUGCAGUUUUUGGAAUUGAAUUUUGGAAUCCUGCUCGAACUGAAAUUGCUCUUGAUUAUACUGGUUGAAAUUCAAAAUUGAAAGCUAAUUCUUCUUCUUCAGCCAAAUCUAUUGCUUCUUCUUCGUUUUCUGCAUAAAUAGACAAAGAUGAAUGCUGAAUUAUUGCUCGAUCUGCCAGCUCUGUUGAUUUUGUUUGUUGUUGAGGUUAAAAUGUAAAAUUGAAAUCUGAUGAGUCUCCUUCUUCUCCUUUGAUGUGAACUUCUUCUGUAAGUUUUGGAUUCCUUGCUGAUUCUGAAGCUUUUGAUGUUGUAGACUCUAAUUCUGCAAUUUUAUAUUCUGAAUCUGAAUUCCAAAAUUGGAGAUAUGUGAUUAUUGAAUUUUCUGCUGCUAGCUUUGCUGAAUUGUUACUGAGUAGUGAAAAUUCUGCAUUUGAUUUGGCCUGAAUCUGGAAAAUUGGAGGCUCCUGGAGUCGUUGAUGAUCGUUGAUUUGGCUGUGGUUACUGUUCUAAGGUCAUAUAAUGAGACUGCAUUUUUUGGUUCAGGAAGGACAUGAAUUUCAGUACCAAGAUGAACUUGCCAAAUUGGUGUCUCUAGAACAUUUCUUUAGGUUCGAUGUGCCGGCUCAGACUUCAAGAGAUACCGAAGAGACCUUGCUCAAAGUCACAAGGAUACUUAGUGCUGUUAGGAAGCUGCCCUUAGCUAGAACUGAAAGUGCAACCGGUUCGGCUUCUGACUUGGAUUCUAUGCCUCUGGAAUCAGAUGUGUGUGGCACUCUACCACUGCAGCUGAAUGAUGAAAAGGAGAGGGAACUUGAUUCUACUGAGGAAUUCGCCGAUUAGAGUGCCUUGCUAAGCCAGUCUCGGAAGAUAUUGCCAGCCUUGUACAGAAGGGUAGCCAAGGCAAAAUGAUUCUAUUUAGCUGAGCUUUUGAAGACGAGCAGUGGAAUAAUGUUCAUAGCCACUGAACUUAAAAACUGAGUUAACUAGAAGAAAGCUAAGGGACUUCUUUUAUGAAGGAAGUGGGAGACUGAGAAGCAGCAUUGAGUUUUUUGGCAGUAGAAUGGACUUUACAGUUAGUGAUUCCAUUGUAUUCAAUGAAAAUAAUUUGAUUGCUGAAGAUAUCUCUAAACUAGAAGAUGCGUUUAAGCAGCUAUUAUCAUUUUUCAGUGCAGGGAAAUGGGUUUGUGGACAUUACUUGAGGGGUUCCUGCUUCUUGCAAAUGCACUAGAGAUACUAAAUGAGGACCGAUUUCUGGCACCUAAAGGAUGGGGCUUAUCUGAUUUUUCAAGUGGUUGGACAAAAUAUUUCAAAGGCGAGCUCAUAGGUCUUAUUUACGCAACUCAAUACCUAAAAGUUCCUCUCAUACUUCUCAACUCCAUCUGCAUCAUUUUGAAAUUUAUUUCUGGAUAAUGCCUAGCAAGGUGAGAUUUCAAGACGUGUUGUCUAAACAUUUUGUUAAUCUUGUGUAUGUUAAUAUCUGGUGUUAUGAAAAUACCCUCAGCUUUCCUACGUUAAAUUUUCAAACAAAAAAGAACUCUACUUUUCUUAAACUGAUGCUUGAGCCAUUCUGACUGAUAUGCCAGUGCAACUCAAGGACAUAAACUGGACGUAGUUGAUUAGAUUCUUAGUUCAGGUAAUGAAUGACUCUAGUCAUCAAGUUAUACUUUGUCAUUUUCAAACUUGACUGACGUUUCAGUUCAACUCAUGAACAUGAAAUGAAUUAUAAGUUGGUUAAUUUUGUGUAGUUUGAACAUUUGCUUGAAAUAACUGCCUUCAUAGAGAUAUCGCCUUCACUCUCUUCAAUCCUCGCCCCCCUCUCUCUGUAGAAUCAGAGGGCCCAGCUUGCUCCGUAAUCAUGUCUUGGCGCGUGCAGAAGAUAAGGCCAGAGGUUCCUCCGCUUCUUCCCAGCAGCAGAUCCUGGUUCUUAUGGAUACCCAUUUAUAGCAAAGUUUGUGAAUUUGUAUAUUCGAUACUGAUUUGCAUAUUUUGAGUCAAGGGCACCUCAAAAACCAAUGCAAGAUUCAAAAUUUCUGGAAAGUUUGUUGAAUUUGAACCUAAUGAUAUCAACUCCACUUAAAAAUAAAAAUAAAAUAUAAACCUCUGUAUAUGUGGCAAAGUUACAUAUCUGCUGCUUAUAGCUUAGUGCUUAACUCAUACUUCACGUAUAAAUGUUUUCAGGACUUACCAACUGAAUCUGAAACUGUGAUUCCCUAUGUUCACUCCAUGAAACAAGCUCACAAGAUUUUGAGGACAGUUAUAAGCCCAAGACUGAUUUGCUCAAAGCUGUUGCGGUAUUUGCAGCAGCUGCAACUGGGGCAGUGGCAAUUAACCAUUCUUGGGUGGCCGCAAAUCAGGUCUAUCAAUGUCCUCUUAGUUGAAAUUCACUUGUGUAUAUUUCAGCAUGGGUGUUUGCAUUUGGGAAUAUGUUUACAAGUCUGUGACCAUGACUGCAGGAUCUUGCCAUGGCAUUACUAUUUGUAAUAGGAUAUGUAGGCAUCAUAUUUGAGGAAUCUCUAGCUUUCAACAAAAGUGGAGUAGGACUUAGUAUAGUUGAAGAAUACAUUGAGUUUAUGUUUUGAAUUAUAGUUAAUGUAU